GCCGAGCGGUUGAAAAGCGUACACAAUCUCACGAGAGAACGUGAGAUUUACCGAUAGUUGUUUACAUUAGUAAUGAUGAGAACCGAACCGAAUCGAUCCGGAUUGGACUGAACGGACGGGUACGGUACGGAUAGCGGAGCUUUUCAGCGGCGGGUCUGUUCUCGAGAGAUGUGAGCGCGGAACCUGUCUUUACGUGCAGCUUCAUCACUCCAGGCGUCGAGCCCGGUUCGGUGCUGACCCGGAGAAGACAGACGGGAACGAGGAGAAAGGUCGAGAUUUAUUCCGCUGAGGGAAAAACGGAGCGAUGGUGGAUGCGCUCUGAACGCUGCGUCCGGGCAGCAUGCCAUCGCUUUGUAAGGAAGAAAGGAGCGCAGCGUAGCCUGAUCAGUUAAUAGACUGUGGCUUUUCAGCAGGGCUUGUGGGAGAGGUUGACCGUGUCGAGGCCUCGAGUCGGAGGUGUCCCGGCCUUCCGCUUGCCGCUGGAAGUCGGAGCUGCCGGCCACUGAGCGCUGGGGACAGGCGGGGAUUUGGACGAGGCCUUGCUUGGGAAUGUCGGGCUAGUCGAGAAAGACAAGACUGGAGUCAAGAAGAGGAGGAGGAGGAGGAGGAGGAGAAGGGAGGAGAGCAUUCGGACAUUAAACCAAAAGAAAUAAGCCCUUCAGAAGUUAAAUCGCCAUUAACACCUCAGUCAUGAUGGAGGAACUGCACAGUUUGGAUCCUCGGAGGCAGGAGCUGCUGGAGGCGCGCUUCACUGGGGUCGGAGUUGCCAAGGGUUCCGGGCACAAUGAAUCGUCCAAUCAGAGUCUGUGUAGCGUUGGCUCCCUGAGUGAUAAGGAGCUGGAGACACCUGAGAAGAAGUCUAAUGACCAGAGGACACGUAAAAGGAAAGGAGACCCCUUUGACAGCCAAGCAAAAGCAGGAGGCCGAGGACACAAGAUCAGUGAUUAUUUUGAGUUUGCGGGGGGUAGUGGCACUGGCACUAGUCCGGCGCGUGGUAUUCCUCCUGUGGUGCGCUCUUCUCCCCAGCACUCUCUCUCCAACCCUCCUGCUGCAGUGCAGCAGGGAAGCCCCUCCUCUCUCGGUUCAGCAAACACAGACCACUCUCACUCCUCAUGUUCCAUCAAACCAGCCUUCACACACACGCAGCACCGAGCAACACAGUCGGAGUUGACUCUGGAGAAAUUGGCUGCGUUGGAAAGCAGCAAGAGUUCUGACCUGGAGAAGAAAGAAGGGCGCAUUGACGAUCUGCUCAGGGUGAAUUGUGAUUUGCGCAGACAGAUUGAUGAGCAGCAGAGAAUGCUGGAGCGCUGUAAAGAACGCCUCAACAAGUGCGUGACCAUGAGCAAGAAGCUGCUCAUUGAGAAGUCAAAGCAGGAAAAGAUGGCGUGCCGGGAUAAGAGCAUGCAGGAUCGGCUGCGGCUGGGCCACUUCACCACAGUACGACACGGUGCCUCCUUCACAGAGCAGUGGACCGAUGGCUACGCCUUUCAGAACCUAGUCAAGCAGCAGGAGAGGGUGAACUCUCAGAGAGAGGACAUUGAGAGGCAGAGGAAACUCCUGGCUAAGAAGAAACCCCCCAGUGUGUCCCAGACCCCACCCCCCAGCCUGGAGCCCAACAAACGCAAGAACAAGAGCAAUGGGGCAGAGAAUGAGAUGUUAUCACUAGCAGAAUAUCAUGAGCAAGAAGAGAUUUUCAAAUUGAGACUCGGCCACUUAAAGAAGGAGGAGGCUGAGAUUCAGGUUGAAUUGGAACGGUUGGAGCGAGUGCGUAAUCUUCACAUCCGAGAACUCAAGAGAAUACACAACGAAGAUAACUCACAGUUCAAAGAUCACCCCACACUGAAUGACCGCUACCUACUGCUGCACCUGCUAGGCAGAGGAGGCUUCAGUGAAGUAUACAAGGCCUUUGACUUGACGGAGCAAAGAUACGUGGCUGUAAAAAUCCAUCAGCUAAAUAAAAACUGGAGAGAUGAGAAGAAAGAGAACUACCACAAACACGCCUGCCGAGAAUACCGCAUCCACAAGGAGCUGGACCAUCCCAGAAUAGUCAAACUUUACGACUACUUCUCGCUGGACACUGACUCAUUCUGCACAGUUCUGGAAUACUGUGAGGGCAAUGAUCUGGAUUUCUACCUGAAGCAGCACAAGUUAAUGUCUGAGAAAGAAGGCCGGUCUAUUAUCAUGCAGGUUGUCAACGCCCUCAAAUACCUGAAUGAGAUCCGCCCACCAAUUAUCCACUAUGACCUUAAACCAGGUAACAUCCUACUGGUGAACGGCACAGCAUGCGGGGAGAUAAAGAUUACAGACUUCGGCUUGUCCAAGAUCAUGGACGAUGAUAACUACGGUGUAGAUGGCAUGGAGCUCACCUCGCAAGGAGCUGGGACCUACUGGUACCUGCCCCCAGAAUGCUUUGUGGUAGGGAAGGAGCCACCUAAGAUCUCCAACAAAGUGGAUGUGUGGUCAGUUGGAGUGAUCUUCUACCAGUGCCUCUAUGGGAAAAAGCCCUUUGGUCAUAAUCAGUCACAGCAGGAUAUCCUACAGGAGAACACUAUACUCAAAGCCACUGAGGUGCAGUUCCCUCCCAAACCUGGAGUUUCACCUGAGGCUAAGGCCUUCAUUCGUCGGUGUCUGGUUUACCGUAAGGAGGACCGUAUUGAUGUCCAUCAGCUGGCCAGUGACCCCUUCCUGCUCCCCCACAUCCGCAAAUCGGUGGCCACAACCGGCAACUCCAACACAGCCAUCGCCUCCACCUCCAGCUCCUCCAGCAGCAGCGCCUCAAACUGAGAGCUCCAUCCAUCUGCGCCUGUCUGAUUUGGAUCAGAGAGAGUGGGGCUUCGUAUUUGCCCCACCCAGCUCUGCAGUGCCCUAGGUAGAGGCAGAUCCUCCUCUACCUACAGAGAGAGAAAGAGCAGGAGGAAGAGGAAAGAGGGAUGGAGGGCUGGACAGAAAGAUGUCUGUCCCCUCUGCUCCUCUUCCUCUCCCCAGCAUUUCAAAGCUUGUAAUGUGGGGAGGGGAGUGACAAAAAGCACCCUUAGAGUGAGAGAGAGGAAGAGAGAACGAGAAUUCAUAAGAGCUGGUGUUUUCAUGCUACAAAUAGAAAUGGACAGAAUGGAGCAGAAGAGGACAGAGUUGCAACUACUUGGGCAAAUGACAUGGACUGAUGCAUGCCCUGCACCCCAUAACACACAUACAUUAUACACACACAUACAUAUUUUCAGUAAAGAGGUCGUCUUCAGUUUGUUUGAAGGUAAAUACCUGACGUUGUGGGAGAAGCCCCCUCACUCCUACUUUAGUGUCUUCUGUGUAAGAUAAUGCAACAGAUUCUGGACUUAAAGGAGAUACUCUGCUUGCCCAGCGCCCACUCCUGCCCUACACCCCACUCCUUUUUUUGUGUUCUACUUUCUGUUAGCUUAUAGCCAUAUCCAAAAAAAAACCCUUUGCUGGAACACCAUUGUACAAGGAAAAUGUCGCUGUCUUAUCAAAACCUUGUCAAUUUUUUUAGCAUUUGCAUUUUAUGUUAAAUGAACCCAGAGAAACUGUCCAAAAUUACUUAGAACUUGCAUUAGUCAUGGACGUUUUCCCCUUUUUUAGUAUUUCAACGAUGCAAAAUGUUACAACAGUGACAGAAUAAUUCAUGAAAAUUUUACUCUUCAAUUUUUUUUUUUAAAGUGUAAAGUUGAAGUCUUAAUAGCUCGAUCAACUAACUGUUCUUUUGCGACAUUUGUUGUUGGUCAAUCUUUCUUUCUUCCCUCCUCCUCUGUGACCAAAGCUUAGCUCUACCUAUAGGUGGUGCUGUUUGACUUGAUUAGUUUUGUUC